UUGAAGUCGGGCCAUGGAGCACAAUGAACCUACCCCGAAUGCAUGAGCCCUCCGCCGCCUCUAGUGACCACAACCGCGGCCAGCUGCACAGUGAUGCGAUACGGCGGCUUAGCUCGAUGAAAGAAGUCGACAGAGCCCACCUCGUCGCGGUGCGCCAGGAUGCGAUGCGACUCGUGACCGAAGGCAUUGUCGAAGUCGACAUGGAAUCCCCAGCGUCGUACGACAGGCAAGGCGACCUCGCCUACUACUCGGAGGAAAGCCUCCAACUGCGCCUGGCGCUGCGCGAAAACCCGCUUCUCUUGCGGCUCACGCAAACGUUCUGGAGCCUCACGAACGUCGACGUCGAGGCGACCAUGACCUUUACAGACUAUAGCGACAUCAUGGUACGCGUGCACAAGAUCCUCAACGAACACUUUGACGCGCAAACGACGCUGCUUUCGAUCGAGGACGAUUGGGCAAGCGAUACAAAGGGUACCAAUGUCCUCCCAUACGACGCAUUUCACCUCUCAUUGUACGAGCUUGUGGAUCUCUGGUGCGACUCAGUCAAGGUGGAUGAUUACGUCUCGCUGCUCUACUUGAUCCUCACGGGCAUCACCAACGUCGAAGAUCAUCAUCUCUUCUUCCGGGAAGUCCAAGAUGUACUCUACGUGGACGUCACAGAAGGUGACCAGCGCACGUCCAUGGCCGACAUUGAGCUCGCACUCGACGACUUGAACCAAAUUGGCCCGAAACGACCUGUCAAGCCCUCCAGCCCAAAACCAAAAGCGAAGUCGGCAACGCCAGUUGCACCGCUUUCCCGUGUCGAGUCGCCACCGCCUCGCGAGCCGUCUCCGCGCAAGAAGGAUCGUGGGCUUACCACGCCAGCGACCGACGGGGAGGAAGUCAGAGCCGAGGUACCACAGCGUACAUCGUCCCCGGACCGCAAGACGACGACGACGCCGGGACUGCGACUGACAACGCCAGCUACAGCGCCGUUCAACGCAAAGACUGUGACCGAGACAACGCUAUUCCCGAUGGAAGGGACAGCACCGGUGGUCGCCGACAAACCAGCAUCGCCCCCGAAAGACACCAAGGAAGUAGCACGUGCCCGCGCUCGACAAGUCGAGAAUCUCCCAGCAAUCGCACAUAAGGACGACCACGAGCAAACCACGGAUGUCGUUGAUGACGGCAGCGACGUCACCACCCCAAUGACGACGCACGACGAGCAAGAGAAGCUUGUCGACGCAGCGCCACUCGUUCGGCGUCGAUCCACGGUUAUUGCAACCGUCGAGUCGGUGCCGCUCGUGCGCCGUGACUUUGGCGGCUUUUCCAUCAUGUCGGCACGAGACGACGCUGGCCCAAGUUACGCUACGGUGACGGUGAUCGUGUCGCGCCAAAUCCCCAAAGAUGACGGUGAUGAUGACACCUCGGACGCCACGACCGACGCGCUAUGGCGAAACGAGAGAGAUCCCAAGCGCGAUGAAGCGAUCGCCAAGGCGUUCAGCGUCCAGAACCGUGCGUCACUGACGCGGCCACUGACGCCGCCGUCAUUUUCAGGGCCGUUCGCAUCGCCGCCAAAGCGAGUCGAGACGGAGCGCGUGCACGGGCGACAGGGUGCGCGCAAACUGCACGAAGCGCACGUCGAGAAGGUCCACGCUUUGGCCCAAGAGACCCUCGGCGGCGUCGAGGAGACCAGAGCCAAGAGCGAUGCAGAGCCUCCGCAAAUCUCCAGCGCCCUUGGCAAUGGAACGACGGGUCUGCGCGAAGUAGUCGACAGCGCUGUCAUCGAUGACGAUCUCUGCGUGCAAGUACCGCCGCUCAAUGCAAGCGACCUGCGUAGCGAGCGCCGUCGUAGCUCGAGUGUUAGCGUUGAAGACAAGAUCAAGCUCACGGCAUUGUUGGCGGCCGUGCGUCUCCAGUGGCACAGCAACACCGAGUCAGUUGGUACGAGUGUCGUCGAGAGUCUCCAAGGACAAACCAUCGCACGACUUCCACCGAUGACGCAUUCGCCGCCAAAGCCAUUGCUGGCAACAACGCCACCAGCAACGAUCUCGUCCAAGGUGCUCCCUGCGAUCGAGUCGCCCCCUAAAGAGUCGCAGCUCCUCGAGCCACAGCCCGUGACACCACGCGCCAAGCUGGUGCAACGUCUCGUGCCAGACCCGCUGGUGCGCAAGUUUCGCGUUCGGAAAGAAGCGCUCAUUGUUGACCCGCCUUGCAGCCCCGGACGGCAGGCGAAGACCUUGGAGGCCAUUUCCACCAUAUCGAGUCCCCCCAAGUUGGCACAAUCGCCAGAGAAAACCCAUCCAAAAGGAUCCUACGAGCCCGUGCACUUGACGCCGCUCGCGCUGAGCACCAAGGGCAGCGGUGCGACGCCGCGGGAAAGCCAGCCCCCGUUACCAGCAAAAGUGGAGAAGAAGUCGCACAAGCCGGCGCGGGUGCAGCACGAGGGCUCCAUGAAGUUCAUUGCGCUCGUCAAACCACAAGCACCAUCUGCCACCGACUUUGUCCAUAUCACCGCCGUUGUUCCAGCUCUCAACCAGUAACUCACGACGCUAUUUAUUCACA